AGGUAACAUCACCUUCACGUUGAAGCCAUGACGAACCUAACCUUAGAGCUUAACAUCAACUCCGCAAGUGACCUUGAGAAUGUCAACCACAUCACAAAGAUGAACGUUUACGCCACCAUAACCCUUCGCGGAGACAAAAAGCAAAAGAAACAAAAGGUGAAAACAUCCGUCGAUCACUCCGGCGGGUCUAACCCGACUUGGAAUCACGCCGUCAAGUUUUCUAUCAAUGAGAAACUAGCCCUUGAAGGUCGUUUGAUACUCGCGGUGAGAUUGUUCUCCAAACGACUCUUAGGCGAUAAAGAUAUUGGUGGAAUCGAAGUCCCGUUACUUGACCUCUUGCGUUCACAUACACCGCCAACUAACGGUAAUGGUAACGGCCAGGGGACGAUGAAUUUUGUGACAUAUCAGGUGAGAACUCCGUCGGAGACAAUGAAAGGUUCUUUGACUCUCUCGUACCGGUUCAUUGGAGCAACGGUUUACCAACAGGCGCCAACGUGGGCUACACCGAGUCAGCAAGGAUAUGGACCGUAUGGUUACAUGCCGCCUCCACCGCCAAUUGGAUAUGGAUACGGAGUUCCGCCUCCACCGCCUCAGCAGCCGACGAGGAAUGAAGCAAGGCUACAAAAUGGUGAUACUUUCUUUUCAGCAAUGUCAUUAAUCAGCGAUAAAGGUAUCGGUGGAGUCGAAGUCUCGUUACUUGACCUCUUGCGCUUGCAUAGUCCAACUAACGUUAACAGCCAUGGCAUGAGGUUUGUGACGUAUCAAGUGAGAACUACGUCGAAGAAAAUGAAAGGUCAUUUGACUUUCUCGUACCGGUUCAAUGGGGCUAUAUCCAGUCACGGUUACCACCAGGUGCCAACCUGGGCUCCGCCAAGUCAGCAUGGAUAUGGACCUUAUGGUUACAUGCCGCCUCCGCCUCCACCGCGCUACCGCCUACCGGGAUAUGGAUACGGAGGUCCGCCGGCCGCCGCCUCAGCAACCGACAAGGAAUGAAGCAAGGCUAUAAUAUAUAGAUGCUGUUGUGGAUUUAAUUACUGAUAGUUAGUACCUUAGUGGCAAUUAAGAAAUGUUGUUCAUCAAUAUUGGACAAUUUAAGUUUUGUGUUGUUGAAUGUUUGCAUGAUUUUUUAUGACGUCUUGCUUAUAAAUAAAAAAGUUUGAUGAUU